GCUACAGGCGCACGGGGGAAAUGUAGUUGCCGCGCAGGGUACAAAGAGAUGUCGCUGCCUGGAGAACGGCACCUUAGGGCAUGUUCACGUCCCCUACAUUCUCUCCUCUUGUCUUCCCCGCUCCCGCUGGCUGCAGGCAUGGAGACCCCCAGCGCACAGGAAGCCGCAGGGCAACAAGCCAGCGCACAAGCCAGCGCACCGACGGGACAGGCCACUGGCCCUGCGAACACCAACACCGUGAAGAAGCGAAGCUGCCCCAAGAAGCAGAGGGGCAGACCUUCGUCCCAGCCCCCCAGGAACAUCGUGGGCUGCCGGAUUGCCCACGGGUGGAAGGAGGGCGACGAGCCCGUCACCCAGUGGAAAGGGACCGUUCUGGAUCAGGUGCCUAUAAACCCGUCUCUCUAUCUGGUGAAAUAUGACGGGAUUGACUGUGUCUAUGGACUCGAACUUCACCGAGAUGAGAGAGUGUUGUCUCUUAAGGUUCUCUCGGACAGGGUGGCAUCAUCUCAGGUCGCUGAUGCAAACCUUGCCAGCACCAUCAUUGGCAAAGCGGUGGAGCAUAUGUUUGAGGGCGAGCAGGGUUCUAAGGAUGAAUGGAGAGGGAUGGUGUUAGGCCAAGCACCAGUCAUGAGAUCGUGGUUUUAUAUUACCUAUGAGAAAGAUCCUGUGCUGUACAUGUACCAGCUUCUGGAUGACUAUAAGGAAGGAGACCUGCGGAUCAUACCAGAGCCCAAUGAGCCUCCUCCGGCCGAGAGGGAGCCCGGAGUUGUGGAUGGCCUGAUAGGCAAACACGUGGAAUAUACCAAAGAAGAUGGCUCCAAGCGGAUCGGCAUGGUCAUUCACCAAGUGGAAGCCAAACCCUCUGUGUACUUCAUCAAGUUUGAUGAUGAUUUCCAUAUCUAUGUCUAUGACUUGGUGAAAAAGUUCUAACUGUUAGUGUAGAAUUUGCCACAUUUGUGAAAGGGAAUGUAUAGUUUGUGGAUUUGCAAAAUGAUGAUGUUUUUCGGUGUGUUGGAGCUUAAGGGUCCUGUUGAUUUAGCAUUGUUGCGGGCAUAACUGUUGUUUGUUCUGAAAAAUACAAAUGUGUGUGGACAUG